AUGGAGACCCAAGAGAAGUUCCUCCACGAGCAGCCUCAACACGUCCCGCCCCAGCCGGCAUACUACCAGACGAUGGACGGACAACCGCCGGUGGGAACGCCAGUGGGAACGUACGUGCAGCCGCACCCGCAAACGCAGCCAGAGCAGAUGGCGCGAGAGCAGCACCCUCACCUGGGGCCGACCGCGUUCGGGCAGCAGGGCGGCCCGUGGCAGGCGGGGCUGUGCGAAUGCACGCCGUUCACGAGCUGCCUGCUGGCCUGGUGUCUGCCGUGCAUCCUGCUCGGGCAGACGAGCGAGCGGAUCCGGGACCCGUCGAUGCAGACGGCCGACCUGAUGAACAGCGACUGCAUGCUGCACGGCGGCAUCACCUGCCUGACGGGCUGCGGCUGGAUAUACGCCAUGCUCAAGCGGUCCGAGAUCCGCGAGCGCUACCACAUCGAGGGCGGCGGCAUGGGCGACUGCUGCACCUCCUACUGGUGCCCCUGCUGCGCCCUCAUCCAGCAGGACAACGAGGUCAAGCUGCGCCAGCGCGCCGCUACCGCCGCCCUCGGCCAGCAGCCCUACCAGUCCCAGCCGCACAUGCAGAUGCCGCCGCCCGCCCACCAGCCCUAG